GCGCAAGACAGUACAGGCAGCCCGUAAUCCCCGCUGCCCGUGAUUUAGCCCGAGCCCGCAUAAUGCUCCUAAACCCCCAGCUGCUACCCUGGCCACUUGCUCCCCGCGACAGACUGCGAACAGUUCGCGUUAUUAAUAAUUCAACCAACUCGACGCUUCCACGAGACCACGACCGGCUGAUCGCUCUGACCGGCCCCGACGCUAAUAAGGCUAUACAACUGCCAUCAUUCUUAUUCCAUUUUAAAGGGACAUUAACCUCCUUUUGUGUCGCUGAUAUUGGGGAAUAAACCGCUAUCAGUAUUGAUAUUGGAACGUAGGGUACGGCUAUCGCAUCAGCAGGCAGCAUUUUACACGAGGAUUUCUCGACAGGUCUUUGUUGCUGCGGUGUAGGCAUUUUGGUAUCUCGGCAAUGCAAUAACGAUUUUGAAGACGUCUCUUUCAUCUCGUACGCUUUGAGGAGGAGGAGGCGUGGGACCAGGGGACUCUCCGAUUGUGGAUCAAGAGUGAGAGAGGGGGACAAGGGGAAAGCAGAACGAGAAAGACAGACAGUUGGAGGAAGAGAUUGGGGUGUUGGUGUUAGUUUGGAUACACAUUUUGGAAACGGGAGCAGAGAGCUGUUAUUUUGAAGGUGGAGAAAAUACAUAAACAAAAACUUACUUUCUAUCUUAUCUCCGUCCACACAGUAUUUUACCUAUUUGUGAGACGUUUGUUGGUGGUUCGGCGUCUCUCUCACGUCACUGAUUAGUUGCAGAACUUUCUUUCACUGCUCGGUGUUGAAGGCAGCAGGACUUGGACUCGAACAUCUCCCGAACUUCUUGGGCCGUCGACGAGCGUUGACGAUGGAUGCAACUUGUGCUAACAAGUGAAAAGAAGAAUCCAGAAUCACUAGGGGAAGUAGGGAGUCUGCUGCUACGCUGUCCUUCCUUUCCUUUUCUCUCGCAGAAGAGAAGACUAACUUUUUCAAAGACCGUUUUCUGGGCCACAGGCCGACUUGUUUAAAGGACUUGUUUUUGCUUCCGGUAACACCGAAGAAAAAACAGAGUCGCGCUCUCUCGCCCUCUUCUCUCCCUCUCGCUCUCUCUCACUUUUUUUGGAAGCAGAAUUUUUAAAGUAAAAUGGGUCUUUGAGAGAGUUGGCACAUCUCCCUGCGCUAUAAUGGCCACUGACACGUACCUGGUGAAUGAAGACCCUUCGAGAGGCCCCGGGAUGCCCGAGUGUUUUCUUGUGUCUGAUUCCUACAGGGAUGAAUUCCACCCGUUCAUCGAGGCCCUGCUGCCCCACGUCCGAGCCUUCUCCUACACAUGGUUCAACCUGCAGGCCCGCAAGCGCAAGUACUUCAAGAAGCACGAGAAGAAGAUGUCCAAGGAGGAAGAGCGUGCAGUCAAAGAUGAACUGCUGGGAGAAAAAUCCGAGAUCAAACAGAAAUGGGCGUCGAGGCUCCUUGCCAAGCUUCGCAAGGACAUCCGGCCAGAGUUCCGGGAGGACUUUGUCCUCACCAUCACCGGGAAGAAAGCCCCCUGCUGCGUCCUCUCCAACCCCGACCAGAAGGGUAAGAUCAGGAGGAUCGACUGUCUGCGCCAGGCUGACAAGGUGUGGAGGCUGGACCUGGUGAUGGUCAUCCUGUUCAAGGGCAGCCCCCUGGAGAGUACGGACGGAGAGCGUCUGGCCAAGUCGCCCCAGUGCUCCAACCACGGCCUGUGUGUCCAGCCGCAUCACAUCGGGGUCUCCGUCAAAGAGCUGGAUCUCUACCUGGCCUACUUCGUCCAGGCACCAGAAUCUGGACAAUCAGACAGCUCCAGCCAACAAGGAGACACAGACAUCAAGCCACCGCCCAAUGGGCACCUGAGUUUCCAGGACUGCUUCGUCACCUCAGGAGUGUGGAACGUGGCUGAGCUCGUCAGGGUGUCACAGACUCCUGUAGCCACAGCGUCUGGUCCUAACUUCUCCCUGGCUGACCUGGAGAGUCCUGGCUACUACAACAUCAACCAGGUGGCUCUGGGGCGACGCUCCCUCGCAUCCCCCCCUUCCACCAGGUACAUGUCUGAGGUCGAGCUGUACGCAAACCUUCCACGGAGCUCUAACAAGAGGAAGUCGUUAGACGACAGUGAGCUGGAGAGCCCCACGGACGACGUCUUCUACCCCGGACGCUCCCCAGCCGCAGGCUCCUCCCAGUCCAGCGGCUGGCCCAACGACAUGGAUGCAGGUGGAGACCUUCAUUCCCCAUCCCCAAGCUCACACCAUGUUGACCGUCACCUGAUAAUGCAGCACCAUUUGGCCAGUGUGCAGGAGAGGAAGAUAAAACAUGAACACGAUGGAGUGCAGUUUCCUUACCAUGGACUGUCCUCGCCUGGUUCUCUUAAGAAGCCGGGGAAGUUUGAUUUCAACGCCCUGUCGCCCCAGACGAGGUCCCCCCGCAUGACGUUCACACACCACCCGCUGCCCGUGCUGGCAGGAGUGAGACCAGGGAGUCCCCGUGCCUCAGCGUCAGCUCUCCACUUCCCCUCCUCCUCCAUCAUCCAGCAGUCCAGUCCCUACUUCACUCACCCCACCAUCCGCUACCACCACCACCAGGACCCGCUCAAGGAGUUUGUCCACGUCUGCGCCGACGGCUCGGGGCAGUCCGGGGACAGCAUACUCCACGGCAGGCUCCACAGCUCCCAACAGGUUUGUCAGCAUCGGAGCACGGGACAACUUUCUGAACAUCCCCCAGCAGUCUCAGUCUUGGUUCCUCUGACAAGGCCUCCGACUCAACCGCUAGAAUUGUGUCAUGAGAAAAUUGGGAAUGGAAAAACAACACAACACACAAAACAAACCAACACUGACUACAAACAAACUGCUGACACUAAAGUAUUUUUGCUCAACAACCAACAACACAAAAACAGAAAAUAACCCCCAGAAGAAUACCCAUUUCCACGAUUUGAACAUUUGAACCGGAACAACCAUCUCCCUAUACAGAAGGCUGAAAAGAGAUCGGUUGAAGUGGACAGACUCAGAACGAACGACAGAACGAGGAAGAAGAGGAGGAAGAAAGAUGAGGAAAUGUCACACACAAAACAUGUCAGAAAGCAAACAAAAAUAUGCAACCUGACAACUAACUGACCAAUUUCGUUGUAUUGUUGUUUUUAUAUUUUAUUUUCACAAUGAAACUCCAUGCAAUGGCUCGGAGAUCCACCCACACACAACAGUGUAAAACACAUAGUUGGCAGAAUUUGGUCAUUUGAGCUAUAGCUAUAAACAUUGUCACCACCCAAAAGAACCCAUUCUGUAAUCCUUUAGUCUCUCCUCCUGACGGUGCUUUCUGUCCCUGCUCCCUCUCUCAUCUGUCAACCAGGUGUCCAGGCAACGCCCACAGCCUCACACAACCACAUCCGACUGGCCUCACUGCCGCUUGAUGUACUCAGCCCUGACUCCCCUCCCUCCUCCCUUCUUCUGAUUGGCCAAACACUGGGACACCAUCCAAUGGUGUGAUACUAUCUGCACUAGAUGGCUGGUUUUAGCUUACCCUCUUGUGAAGAGCGAUAGCCAAUAGCAUGAGCCGAGAGCGAACACAAAACAGUCAGUCAGUCAGACAUAAGACAGUCAGACAUAACAGACAGAAAGUCAGUCAGUCAGACAGACAUAACAGAGAGACAGACAAACAUAAGAGACAGACAUAACAGACAGACAGACAGACAGACAGACAGACAGACAGACAGACAGACAGACAGACAGACAGACAGACAACACUAUGCCCUCUUUCGUCCCCUCACCUAUGCACUACUGAAACAAAUAAGGGAGGAAACAGAGUGAUCCAGCAGGUCGCUGAAGGCAGUGUGUGUGUGUGGGCAAUGGGCUGUGGCUCUGGCAUCCUGGCACUCACACAUACACACACUCACGCAGACUCAAAGUACGUACACACACACACACAGAUCAUUGUCUCCAGAACCCACACGUCUGGCAGACACAACUGAUUCACUGACAAUACCAUUUUGUCUGUGUGUCCUUCACAGUAACAUAAUACAUGCAUAGGAUCAACAUCAUCGUGUAAUAACUAGCUUUCUUUUGGUUUGUAGCCGUUUUCUUGCAUUUCAUUUUGUUUGCCGGAUUGGUUUUGGUUUUGUCUCACUUGGAUUCUUUUGCUUAUGUUUGACCUUCUUCCUUAAGAUCUUUUCUUUCAUCCGCUUUUUAUUUUGCAGAAAAAAAUAUCAUCUUCGUUUGCAAUAACAGGCAUCUCUGAAAUCUCUCACAAACACCAGUACAGGAACUUGCGACAACCCCUGCCCUGCUUCACCCUGUAACCACAGUCCAUUCACAGUAGCGCCCGGAGGAACACACGCUGACACACCACCGUAUCAAAAUGCACACUACUAACACCGUCACCCUGAUUCCAAACACAAAGGUGAGCCUUUAUAUACGAGUUUCUCCAAACUGCCUUUGAUAAUGGUUUUUCAUUCAUUUUGACAUUUGUCAUUUUUAAUUUGAGAUACCUUGUUUUUUUCUAUUGUAAAUGUGAUUUAUUAAAUUGUUAUUGAUAUUGUAAUUUUUUUUUUUUAUCAUGACACAAUAAUUCAAACAAAAAAAGCCAAACCUCACAAAAUAACUGGACUGCCUAGCUGUUGGUUUCUUCCAUGUGCAGGGAUAGAAUUGUCUGACAGCCCAGGCACUCUGAGUUUAUCGUAAAAUUAGCUCUAUGUACUCAAAUCAUAUAUCACAACUAUAACAAUCUAUGGAAGUGCCUCUGUACUCCCUAUCAUGCAAUUAGUUCAAAUUCAGGUUGAUGUUUUUGUUCACAUAUAUGCUAAAGCUACAAAGAAUGGUGAUGUUUCUUCCUAUAUGGAAACCAUUGGCUAUAGGACAGAAUCUUUGUAGAAGACUGCAAAAUGUUAUAAAGAGAGAGAGAGAGAGAUCUUAAACAUAUAUAUUUAUGGUAUAUGCUCCUUUUUAAACUUGACUAAAAUGAGCUUGUUGGCAGUUUAGUUAUUUUCUGAACUCUUGAGCUAGCAGAAUUCCAUGAUGGACAGCACCUCACUGUCACCAUGACAAUUCAAUGAGCACCCACCCAACCUCCACAAAUCUACAGUGCAGCGUUCAAAAAACACAACAAAAAUCUCCUUGAUGCAAAAUAGAUGAAACAUGUCAAAAUCGACAAUGGAAAAAUUGAAGAAAAAAAGUGUUUGUUUUUUUGAUGGAAAGUAUUAUUAUUGAAAAAUAUGUGUCGAUUGAGCCACGUGCAAUGCAUUGGGUAGAUUCAUUGUGUUUUGUCUGUUAGAGAUUUUUAAGAAAGCUAAGAAGAAAAGAGAAAAAAAAUCUAUUUGUUUCAAGUCCGAUGUGCUCCUGGACUCUAAACUAACAGAGCCAUAUCCUAGUCUUUGUAAGUUGGGGGUAUUUGUUUUUAUUUUCCUUUAGUGUCUCUUUUUUAAUGUUUAACGUGUAAUCAUUUGUUUAUAAACAUGUUUGGAGGGGCUGAAGGAAGAAACAUUUCUUACAAAACGUUUAAAAACAAAUUGAACAUGGAAUGAAAAACCGGUGAAAUGAAAAACCGUCACUUUUACACACUAUCAAGUACAUUCAGACUAUUACAAAAUGAAUGAUAAUGAACAAAAUAAUGACUACCUUUAGGAAACCGCAUUUAUUACUCCUCUUCUCUAUUCCUAUUCCUUCUCCUGUUUGUAAUAUUGAGUGGAGGGAGGGGUUCCUAUUCCUUCCUAUAUUCCUCUAGUAGGUUGUGAAACAAAAGGCAUUUUGGUUCAACCUUUAGAUAGGACGAGAGCUGUACUGUAGGCUUAUCAAUGCCCACAACUACUUCCUCUGAUUUCUCCCAGAUUAUUAUACUCCUCUCUCUGAGUCUGAGCAAGGGAAAAAAACAGGAAAAUGGCAGCUUAGAAUUAGUUUCAUUUGAGGAGCCAGCCAGUCUGUCAGAACCAUGAUGUAACGAUAGAAAUACAGUAGGCCUAUGCAAAGUGAGCUUCCCUCCACCCCUUCCUUCUCCACCCUCUCCCUCAUUCCCCUGUAAAUUCACCUUGACUAGUGCUUGUGCUGUAGUGUAGUUUCCCAGCAGUUAAAGGUUGUCCCUUAAAAGUGCCUUUUGUUCACAGACUCCAUUUUGUAAUCCAGAUCGCUCCCCUUUCAUUAGAAAUAAUUCAAGGUAGAGGUGAAAGUGCCGCUAAGUGCAGAUCUAGGAUCAGUUUCCUGUAUAUCCUGACCUGAACCAUUAGGAGGGGAUAUGCAAAACUGACCUUAGAUCAGUGCUUAGUGAGCAACUUCAUCCGAUCUCAACCUUUGAAAAAUGAUCCCCCUCCAUUGUAUCAACCUUCCCAUAAAUCCUUUCCCUUUUCAAAAUCCGUAUAUAUAUAGUACAAAAGGAAACUGGUGUGAAUUAGUUCUUUACUUUUUAUUGAUAAAUGAUGGAAAAAAAUACUGAAAAGGCAAAAAAAACUUGUUCUCGUUCCCCCUUGCUCUCUGGCUUUUUUCUUCUUCCCUCCGUCUCCUCCUCUCCUCUCCUCUCCUCUCCUCUGUCUAUCUGUUCUCUCGUAGACACCGGAGUAGUCUGUAAGUGUGUCCUCUCUCUCUCCUUCCCCCUCCCUGCCUUCCUUCCUUCCGUUGAUGGAAGGGGUUGUUGAAAAAAAAAAUGGCCGAAACUUUUUGUCUUGAGCAGAAUGCAGUUAGCUCACGUUAUUCUUGUCUGUAUUGCCUCUUCUUCACAUUGUAUACCAUUACCCAUCCUCUUCAGCUUCUCCAUUCAAACAGCUAAUGUAAGUGAACAAAUUACACCAAUGGGCUUUUGGGGGUGCGCCUGCCCAGUGUAGGGUAGGACUGGGUGUUAGGGGUUAUGGGGGUUAAAGGUCUUAGGGGGUCAAUAAUGUUGGGGUAAAGGAGAAAUUAUAGGGGUACCUUUUGGGUGUUGGGGGGGGGGGCUGCUCUUCUGCUGUGACAAGUUAAGAGUUUUUAUUUUAUUUAUUUUGUUUUAUUUUAUUCCUUUAUUUUUAUUUUUGACUUAAUUUGGAUUUUUGCUUUCAUAGUUCCUAACUAUCAGGGUAUGCCGUCAUUGAAACUCUAUAAGAGAGUCUUGGACUGUAAAUUAAAUGCUACAAGCACCUUAUAACUACUGGCUGAGAAAAGGGGUUUGCAAUACUACCAGCACACACACACACACCUAGUCAUGUAUCAAAUACUCCAAACUCUUGUAUUAUUAUUGUGAGGUUUUAUCUAGUGAAGCCAGGAGCAGUAUUAGCCAUUGGCAAAACACACACCACAACCCACCAUAUAGAGCCAGCAUGAACCAGGCUUGAGGCAUACUCUCAAGUGAAACGUAGAGAUAUCAGUUUGAAUGCCAGGCUCUAAAAACUCUGUUCCGUUUUGAGAUUAUUUUUUUAUUUUUAUUUUUUUGUGGUGUCUAGACAGUACGCCCUUUGACCCCCGACCCUACGCCCUCAGAGCAGAAAAGCCCCACUCAUGCCUGUAGCUCUGUCUGAAAUGGCACCCUAUUCCCUACAUAGUACACAACUUUUUCACUAUUCCCAUAGGGCCCUGUUCAAAAGUAGUGCACUAUGUAGGGAAUAGGGUGCCAUUUUAAAUGCAUCCCAUGUCUUUGUGUAUAAGAAACACCCCCAGAGCUCUAUAGGUGAAAUGCAUGUGUUAAUUACAGUUUCUUUUCCAUAAGAAGAAAAACACAGUUUGAGCAGAGCAGCACCUUGAUUGAAUAAAAGGAUGUUCUUGACUGUA